CUCGGCCUCUCCAUUGCCAAAAUUGCAGAAGGGAAGCCUGUUAAGUCUAGUAUCACAGGAACAGUAGUUGGAGUGGAUGUGACAAAGGCAGAGAAGAUUUGGAAUUUAUUACAGGCUCUUGGUAACAUUGCCUUUGCCUAUUCUUUCUCUGUUAUUCUCAUCGAGAUCCAGGACACACUAAAAUCAAAGCCAGCUGAGAAUAAAGUAAUGAGAAAGAUAUCGACCAUUAGUGUGUCAGUUACGACAAUGUUCUACAUGUUGUGCGGGAUUUUGGGAUAUGCUGCGUUUGGGAAUGAAUCACCGGGCAAUUUCCUAACUGGGUUUGGUUUCUAUGAACCUUUCUGGCUUUUGGACUUCGCCAACAUGUGUGUUGUUGUUCAUCUGGUGGGAGCUUAUCAGGUAUUCAGCCAACCAGUGUACAGGCUAGUAGAAAACUGGUGCAGCAAACUGCGACCAGACAGCAAUCUUAUAACAAAAGGUUAUUCAGUGAAUAUUCCUGGGUUUGGAAAUCAGAAUGUGAACAUGUUCAGAUUGUUUUGGAGGACAGGUUACGUGAUAUUCACAGCUCUAAUGGCCAUGAUAUUUCCCUUCUUCAAUAACGUUUUGGGUCUGAUUGGAGCCUUCACAUUCUGGCCAUUGACUGUCUAUUUUCCCAUCAAGAUGCAUUUUUCACAGGCUAAGGUUCAAAAGUAUUCUACCCACUGGAUAGCUCUUACGGUCUUGAGCACCAUUUGCUUCCUCAUCUCUGCAUUAGCUUUUGUUGCCUCUAUUGAAGGCCUCAUUGUUGGCUUGCAUUCUUACAAGCCCUUCAGUUCUAUUUCUUGAUCUUUACCCUUUUCUCUCUGCGAUUUCUGUUUUACUCUCCAUUGGACUGGUUUUUCUUUUCGUUUUUUUCCUAUAUCGUGACAAUGGAACCUAAAGCUUGGUUGCCUGUAAUAAUAAUAUUUUCUGAAGGAAAUUUUUUUUU